AUGGUAAAUGCAAACGAGUGGUUAAAUAAAAAAAUUCCGGCGAAUGAAAGGGGACGAGCAAUGAUACUUUACAUUUACAGCAAAUGUCAAUGUAAAAUUCCACAACAAUACGGUCAGUCUAUGACAAUACCACAAUUCAGUCAGUCUACGACAACGCCAAAUUUCGGUCACUCUGUACCGACACAGCCUUCACUUGGACCUUUUGGAACGACACCAUUUGCUCCAUUUGCAUUCAGUCAUUCUGGACCUUUUGGGGCUGCACCAUUUAAUCCAUUUCCAUUCGGUCAGUCUGUUCCAACGUCGCCUCCUUUCUGCGCACCUUCCGUAACGACACCAUAUAAUUCAUUUGGAUCUAGUAAUCAUAAUUAUUGUCAAAAUUGCAAUAAUAAAGAUCAAAAUAAUUCUCGCACUGCUCCAGAUUAUUGUUUUUAUAAUGUUAUUUUGGAAGGAGAGCUAGAUCUUAAUGACUUGGUUAAUUUGCAAGUAUUAUAUAUUGAAGGUACUGAGCAAAACAAGAACCAACUACAAAAAUUAACUAAGUUGAAGAUAGAUAAAUGUAUUAAGUUAACUGAAAUUACGAUUAAUCAUACAACUCUUGGAUAUAUAAGUUUAGGUAGUAAACCAAAAUUACAACGAACUAAUUUCACUGGCAACCAACAACUUAUUUUUUGUGAUAGUGUAUUAAAAAAUCAGAUAGAAAGAUUAACCAAUUUGAUCCAAGCUACUAAAACUAUCAAUCUUGUCAAUUUAAAAUCGGAGCUUAUGAAAAUAGAAGAAGAAAACUUUGUGAAUCAGUUAAAUAUUAUUAAAAGUCGUUUGAAUGAAGAUUAUCAAGUUUGGUUGGAAAAUUUAGUAGAAGCACAUCAGGAAGUUUUACUGAUUAACAGUUCUUACGCCCGUAAACAAUUAGAAAAAUGUAAAAAAAAAUUAGCUGAUGUGCUAACUGAAGAAGAAAUACAAGACAUUAUGGGCAAAAAAGUAGAAAUCAAUGAGUUGGAAACUCAAUUAAACAAAUUAUCUUUAAAUAAUGAGAAAACGCAGAUAAAUACUACUUUAAUAGAUCUCAAAAAGCAUUCAUAA